AAACAAUAGGGAGAAAAAUUAAAAAUUGGGAGUGAAGAAGUGGCCAGCCAAGCAAGAACAAGGCAAGAUUUAACUAUAGAAGAUGGACAAUUCUCUAUUCCUUUAGAGAGAGAAAACUCACCCCUCCCGCCGCCGCCGGAGAAAAAAUUCCGGCCUCGUUUAUGGAAAUUCUUCUCAAUUCGAGAUCGGACCAAAUCUAAUUCGCAUUUUUUAGCAUAAAAAAUGAGAAAUCGGAAACCGUCGCCGGAGCUCCGCCUCCGCCGCCAUGCAGCGGCGGAGGACGACGGCGCCGCCGCCGCCCGGACGGCGUGCACGGGGAAGUCGUGCCAGUCGUGCACGGCGGGGGCGAUCGCCGACUGUGUGGCGCUGUGCUGCUGCCCGUGCGCGGUGGCGAGCUGCUUUGUGCUCGCCUUCUUCAAGCUGCCGUGGGCGGUGGCGCGCCGCUGCCUGCGGCGGCGCCGCCGCCGGAGGGUGGCGGAGCGGGAGGAGAGGAAAUGCGGCGGCGGAGAUGGAGAAUCGGAGAAGGCGGAAGGGGGGGUGUUUGAAAUCGAGGUGUCGGAGGAGGCAGCCGCCGCCGGAGACGGGGCGGAGGAGUGGUGGCUGGAGGUUGGGCACUUGGGUUUUGGGAGGGUUUCUUCAGCUAGGAUUAAUUUGUAUGCCAAGGGUAAUUAAGGUAAUUCACGUGUUUUUUUUUCCUUCUUAUGCUAAAAAUGUU